AUGAGUCAUUCCCUGUCUCCAAAUAAUCGAAAUUCAAUAUUUGGCUGGAUGAAGAAUCUAAAACGUGGAAGUUUAAUGUCAAAUGAAAGUGUUAAUGAGAUUACUUCUGAUAAUGACCUAUUAAUCUCUGAUUCAAAAUCUCCUUCCAAAUCAUUACUUUCAUCUAAUUCAAAUAAUCAACUACAACCAAUACCGUUCCCUCAGCAACAUCAAAAUGAACAUCAACAACAGCAACAACAACAACAACAACAACAACAGCAGCAACAACAACAACAGUCAAAUAUAUUCAGCUCAAACUCACCUCAUCAAGAAUUUUUACGACCUUUACUUCAUCAUAAAUCAAGAUCAACCAAUAAUGUUAAUCGUGUUCGUUCAAAUUCCUUAAAUCAAUCAGAAAAAUCUUCCAGUAUAAGACAACAUCGAGAUUCUUUCUUACAACAUAAUCCUUUAGUUGAUGAAAAUAGUAAAUAUUUCGGAGUAAGUUUAGAAGAUGCAAUCAAUCAAGCUGCUGCUAAAAUAUCAAUUCUUACUAAUGAAGACUCUUCAAAUGAUCAAGUUUUACAAUAUGGUAAAAUUCCAAUUGUAGUUGCUAAAUGUGGUGUUUAUUUGAAAAAAAAUGGUUUAAAUAUCGAAGGUAUAUUUAGAGUUGGUGGUCUGUCAAAACGUUUAAAAGAUUUACAAUUAAUUUUUAAUACUCCUCCAGAUUUCGGUAAAAAAUUAAAUUGGGAUGGUUAUACUGUUCAUGAUGCUGCUUCCAUUUUAAGAAGAUAUUUAAAUGCUUUACCAGAACCUUUAAUUCCUUUAGAACUUUAUGAAGAAUUUAGAGAUCCUUUAAGAAAACGUCCAAGAAUUAUUAAUUAUAUGAAAUAUAAAGCCGAAUAUCCAAAUAAACCUUUAAAAUCACAAAAACAACCAACUGAUUCAAGUGAAACUGAACCAAAAUUACCUUCUUCAGUCAAAUCAAAUACUCCAAUUAAUAAUUCAAAUUCAAAUUUAUUAGAUUCUGAACCUUUAACCGAAGCAAAUAUUGGUCGUCUUAAUAGUACAAAUUCCUCAGUUAAUAAUUUAAAAAUUAAUCAUUCAAAUUCAGAUUUAUCAAAUUUAAAAUCGGAUAAUGAAGCUGAUAUUGAACAAGAUGAUUUAAAUAAUAAUGAUGAUGCAAAACAUGAAAUUAAAAAGAAAAAAUCAAAAAAUUAUAAAAAAUUGACUCGUAACGUUCAUGAAGCAAUUAAUGAAUACAAAUCAAUGGUUGAUGAAUUACCAAUGCUAUCUAAGCAAUUAUUAUUUUAUAUUCUUGAUUUAUUAGCAAUGGUUCAAAAUCAUUCAUCUGAAAAUUUAAUGAGUUCUAGAAAUUUAGCAGCAAUUUUUCAACCUUCUAUUUUAUCCCAUCCAAACCAUGAUAUGGAUCCUGUUGAAUACGCUUUAUCUCAAUCAGUAGUUGAAUUUUUAAUUCAAUAUGCUUAUAAAUUAUUACCAAAUCAAAACUCUGAUGAUGAUAUUGCCAAUAAUAAUAAUAGUGAUAAUUCAAAUAUAAAUGAUAAAAAAUCAAAAUCAUCUUCUCCCAAUACUGAAAACGAUGAUCAAUCAAAUGAUUUGAAGCCUCCUCAACCGGUUUUCAAACGUAAACAUAGUAAAUCAUUAUCUUCUACUAAUAAUAAUGAUGAUUUAAUUGGUUAUCAAUCUUCCCCUUCUAAAAAAUUGGUUGAUACUUCAGAUAAUGAAUUUGACAUCACCGAUGUUACCGAUAAUGAAGAUUCAAAUGUUGAUGAUACUACUAAUUCAGAUUUAGAUGAUGUUAACUUCCAUAGCCUCAAUAUUGAUCAUAAUAAUAACAACAACAAUAAUCACUACCCUCAAACAGAUAUUGAUUCGGGAUCAGAGUUCAAUUUUGGUCAUGACCAUGACCAUGAAGAUAAUUUUAAUUUCAAUCACGAUAACCCUGGUAUUUUAAAUAAAUUAAUCAAUCAAGAAGAGAAAAAUGAUGCCGAAAGUGAUUCAUUAAGUAACCCUCCUAAUUCAAAUGUGGCCAUAAUUGUAUCCACUCCAUCAUCUUCUUCAGUACCUAAAAUGAAGUGA